AUGGAUCCCAUCAAGUAUGUUUUCGAGAAGCCCGCUCUCUCUGGACGAAUAGCAAGAUGGCAAAUGAUAUUGACAGAGUACGACAUUCAGUAUACUACACAGAAGGCAAUUAAAGGAAGUGUACUAGCGGAUCAUUUGGCUCAUCAAGCGGUAGAUGACUAUCAGUCCAUGAACUUUGAAUUUCCAGACGAAGAUAUCAUGCUUGUUACUGACUAUGAAGAGCCUGGCAAUGGUAUCGGUGCUGUAAUUAUUUCUCCCGAAGGCGGACAUACACCAUUCACUGCUAGACUAUGCUUCGACUGCACCAACAAUAUGGCCGAAUAUGAAGCAUGCAUCAUGGGUCUCAAAGCCGCAAUCGACUUGAGAAUCAAAUUUCUAGAAGUAUAUGGAGACUCAGCCUUGGUAAUCAGUCAGGUCAAAGGAGAGUGGGACACGAAGCAUCCUAAUCUCAUCCCUUACAAGGAACACGUGUUAACUUUGAUCCCUUAUUUUGAAGAAAUUACUUUUGAGCAUAUUCCACGAGAAGAGAAUCAAUUAGCAGACGCGCUGGCUACCAUGUCAUCUAUGUUCAAAGUCAGGUGGGACAAUGAGGCACCCCUGAUCAUUAUUGAAAGAUUGGAUGAACCGGCGCAUUGUUGCGAGGUUGUUACAGAAGAAGCAGACGAGAAACCUUGGUUCUAUGAAGUGAAAAGAUAUCUUGAAGCCCAAGAAUAUCCUGAAGGGGCAUCCAUCAAUGAUAGGAAGUUUUUAAGAAGGUUCUCUGCCAAGUUCUUCCUGAGUAACGGAAUCUUGUACAAGCGUAAUCAUGACUCGACCUUGCUUCGUUGUGUAAGCAAGAAGAAAGCAGAAGAAAUAAUGGAAGACAUGCACGAUGGUAUUUUUGGAACUCAUUCCAGCGGACAUACCAUGGCUAAAAAGAUUUUGAGAGCAGGCUAUUACUGGUCCACCAUGGAGACUGAUUGUCACCGUCAUUCCAGGACUUGUCAUAAGUGUCAAAUUUAUGCUGAUAAAGUGCAC